AUGGUGGCCUUGACCAAUCUGUUGCACCUCAGCAAUCAGUCCAACGUGCAGCUCCAGGCAUGCAGAGCUCUCGGAAAUAUUUGCUAUGAAAAUGAUGAUGGACGAGCACAAGUGCUUGAAGUGGAAAAGGGUUUGGAGACAGUCCUGGCAUUGCUGAGCCAAGCAAUAAAACAGAAUCCGCAACUAAAGGGCGUUGUCGCCGGAUUUCUGCUGAACUUGUUGGCCGGACAGGAGGAGACGCAGAAGAAGGCGUUGGAACUCGGUGUGGUGCCUAUUUUGACAGACUUCCUGGAGUCAAGCAACGAAGAAGACAACGGACAGAGUCACAUUUUGAUGAUCCUCAAUCUGUUGGCUGACAUUGACAAUGAGCUGCUCAGCGACCGUCUGUGCAAGGCGCUGGUGACUUUGCUCGGACGAACGACCUCUGGAGAAAUCAGCGAAAUGUGCUUGGAGCUCAUGCUGGGCCAAGCAGAAAAUGAAUCUGUAAAAUCUCACUUAGCCAAGGCCAAACUUUGUGAGCAACUGAACGGCUUGGCGCACAAACACAAAGAUCUCUUGCAGGACGACGAGGCCAGGAGCCUUCUAAAAAUGGCCUGUGACUUAAUAGUCUCCGUUCUGACUGGGGACGACGCAAUGGAGCUUUUGUACAAAGACGGGGAGGGACAAGUUUUCAAGGAAAUGGCUGAGUGGUUGUCUGCCGAAGACGAAGAUCUUCAGGUCACAGCCGUUCUAGCCAUGGGCAAUUUUGCAAGGACCGACAAACACUGUGCCCAAAUCGUGCAAAAGGGAAUCGGUAAAAAACUUUUGGCAUUGGUUGAUAAGAAUAAUUCGACGUCAGGAGGCAUCAGACUGCAACACGCUCUCCUCAGUGCUCUUCGAAAUCUCGCAAUCCCAGCUGAAAACAAACCAAUUCUGCUGAAGGAUGGUUUGUUGGAUAGUGUUCUUCCCAUGUUGGAAAUUCCCACCUCCCCUGUGGUCUUCAAACUUCUCGGCACUUUGAGAAUGGCAAUCGACGGCCAAGAAAAUGCUGCUGGUCAGUUGGGAACAAAUGAAUCCCUGUUGAACAAAAUCGUCGGUUGGUGUUCAACUGAUGACCACCCUGGGGUUCAGGGUGAAGCAAACCGCCUUCUGGCCUGGUUGGUGAAAAACGCCAAAAGGUCGGAGGUGAACAAAGCUGUGGCAGCAGCAGGAGGCGUCAAGUGCCUGGCGUCGAUGCUGGUUGCUGAGCAUGUUGUCAUGAGAAACGAAGCCCUUUUAGCCUUGGCCCUAAUCUCAUCUUCCGCAAAAGAUCUGCCUGAGGCCACCCUGAAUGUUUUCAAAGACGCAACGACCGCUUCCAACCUGAGCACUGUACUGAAGGAAGCCAAAGACGUACCUAUGACAUCGAACGCGCUGGCAGUUAUCAAACUACUUGUGCCUAUUGCUAAGGAGAGCCUGAUCAAAGCCGACAUACCGUCAAUCCUGAAAACCCUUUCGAACGACGAGUCUGUGACAAAGGAGGCUCAAGUAAUUGCUAAGAUGCUGGACUCGGGCUAA